AUGGAUUCUCCCUACCUUGGUGGAGGGAUCAGUGCAAGUUUCACCAGUUAUUUCCCAGAAAUGAUCAGGGAUUUGGUUCUGAUUGCGCCUGCUGGGCUAAUUCGCGACUCUCAUAUUGGGACGGUAAGCAAAUUACUCUACUCGCGGACCAUUCUAUUCGAACCGAUUGUGCUACGGGUUUUGGGCAAAAGACUUCGCAAGCCUGUGACUCUAGGAGCUACUGAGCUCAAUCAGCCGGAUGAUGAGGAAAGCACUGAUCCAAAGAAGGCCCUGCAAGCAGAAGUUGCUGUCGAUGCACCGACACGUCCAAUCCUAUCACGCUCGUAUCCGCAUCUCAGGCUUGAAGGGGCGGUCAACCACCAGAUCGACUUCCACCAAGGCUAUGUGAGGUCAGUCCUAUCGUCGCUCCGCUACGCGCCUAUAUGGCGGCACCACGAGGACUGGAAAAAACUUGGUGAAUAUCUGAAAGCUCAAGACCAGGAAGUGUUGAUGAUCUUAGGGGAACACGAUCCGGUCAUCAAGUUCGACGAAACGAGAGAAGAUGCAAUGGAUGUUCUCGAGGGUCGAGUGAGGAUCGAAGUCCUAGAAACUGGUCAUGAAACUUGUGUGUCCAAGGCCGAUGAAUGUGCAGAGCAUAUAUGGAGGCACUGGAACAAAGAGUAG